CUUCUCUCUUCAAUCGCAAAGCUGCGCUCACCGACUCGACAGGGAUGCAGCGAGGGCGCAGCGCAGCCUGAAAGAUGGCACCACAACGCGUCCCGUGGAUCUAUAUGUUCCUUGCCCUCGUGCUUCUUUUGCACGCGUUGUCGCCAUCGGGAGCCUUACGGAAUUACCCGGAGAAUGAAGUUACUUUGCUAGAUUCAAUGUCAGCGUUGGCCGACCUCGGAUGGACAGCAUACCCGAACGAGGGGUGGGAGGAGAUCAGUGUCAUGGAUGAGAGGAACACUCCGAUGAGGACAUACCAAGUAUGCAAUGUAAUGGAAGCCAACCAAAACAACUGGCUCAGAACGCGUCACAUCAGCCGGGAGGGAGCGCAGCGCAUCUACAUCGAGAUCAAGUUUACUCUGAGAGACUGUAACAGCCUGCCGGGGGUCCCCGGGACCUGCAAAGAGACCUUUAACAUGUACUACUACGAGUCCAACAAUGUCAACCUGUGGUUCAUUAAGGAAAGCCAGUAUGUCAAGAUUGACACUAUUGCAGCAGAUGAGAGCUUUACACAGGUGGAUGUUGGUGACCGGGUCAUGAAGCUCAACACGGAGGUCAGAGACAUCAGCAAUUUGAGCAAAAAAGGCUUUUACCUGGCCUUCCAGGACCUUGGUGCUUGCAUUGCCCUGGUCUCAGUCAGAGUCUUUUACAAGAAAUGUCCACUCACUGUACUCAACCUGGCCCAGUUCCCUGACACAAUAACUGGGGGAGACACAGCCCUGGUUGAAGUCCACGGCAUGUGCGUGAACGCCUCGGAGGAGUUCGAGCCUCCCAAGAUGUACUGCAGUGCAGACGGAGGCUGGCUCGUCCCCAUCGGGAGAUGUGUGUGCAAACCGGGCUUUGAGGAGAACAAGGACGUCUGCCAGCCAUGCCGACCUGGAACCUACAAAGCUUCUGCCACAGAUGCCUUCUGCACCAAAUGUCCUCCCCACAGCUCGUCCCCGCAAGAACAAGCCGAUGAAUGCAUAUGUGAGAAAGGCUUCUACCGCGCCGAGUCGGACCCACGCUCAAUGGCUUGCACUCGUCCUCCUUCUGCCCCAGAGAAUCCCAUCUCAACAGCGAACGAGACCUGUGUCACCUUGGAGUGGUCCUCGCCUCGAGAUACAGGAGGCAGAGGAGAUAUCACUUACAGCAUCCAGUGCAAGAAGUGUUUUGGAGAGGCCAAGAAGUGUACACCAUGCGGCAGUAGUGUUCAUUUUGUUCCUAGACAGUUUGGUCUGUCGUCAAACACAGUGUUGAUCACCGAAUUGCAACCGGACUCCACCUACAGCUUUAUCAUUGAGAGCCAAAACGGCGUGUCGGACUUAAGUCCCAUACCAAGAGGGACUGUUGUGAUAAACGUCACAACGUCGCAGACAGUCAGUGUUGUGUUGAAGGAAAGGCGGAGCAAGGACAGCGUGACUUUGGCCUGGCAGGGUCCGGAGAGACCAAACGGAGCAAUAGUGGAGUAUGAGGUCAUUUAUUAUGAGAAGAACCAGCGGGAGCAGAACUAUACAGUUUUGAAGACUCGCUCCAACAUGAUGACGGUGGAUGGGCUAAAACCCGGGACCACCUAUGUCUUCAGGGUCAGAGCUCGAACUGAUGGAGGUUAUGGGAGCUACGGUGGAGAAAUUGAGCUGGAAACCAGCCACGAAGAUGUCUUGGCCAUUGGGGAUCCAAACCAGUCGACCAUUUUGGUUGUGUCCAUCACUGGGGGGAUUGUUGUCUUUGUCUUUCUGGUGACCUGCUUUGUUGUCAGCAGCAGCCUUGGAGUUCGCCCCCCCAGCAUCGUGGAUGUCUCCCUGCCUCUCUUAGCUCCCUCCCUUCAUCUGAUUGCUUUUAGGCAUUGUGGAUACAUCAAAGCUAAGCAAGACCCGGAUGAGGAGAAGAUGCAGUUCCAGCAUGGCCGAGUGAAGCUUCCGGGCAGCAGGACGUACAUCCAUCCUCACACCUACGAAGACCCCAACCAGGCUGUCCGAGACUUUGCCAAAGAGAUCGAUGCUUCCAAUAUUCGCAUAGAAAGAGUCAUUGGCGGUGGAGAAUUUGGGGAGGUGUGCAGCGGCCGACUGCGUGUCCAGGGGAAGAGGGAGAUCUAUGUGGCCAUCAAGAGUCUGAAGGCAGGGUACUCUGACAAACAGAGGCGAGACUUCCUGUCUGAGGCCUCCAUCAUGGGGCAGUUUGAUCACCCCAACAUCAUCAGGCUGGAGGGUGUGGUCACUAAAUGUAAGCCGGUGAUGAUCAUAACAGAGUUCAUGGAAAAUGGAUCUCUGGACACUUUUCUCAAGAAACAUGAUGGCCAGUUCACAAUCAUCCAGCUGGUCGGCAUGCUGCGCGGCAUCGCCUCAGGUAUGAAGUACCUGUCAGACAUGAGCUACGUUCACAGAGAUCUGGCUGCUCGAAACAUCCUGGUGAACAGCAACCUGGUGUGCAAAGUGUCUGACUUUGGAUUGAGCCGAGUUCUGGAGGACGAUCCCGAGGCGGCUUACACUACAAGGGGGGGGAAGAUCCCCAUCAGAUGGACCGCUCCAGAGGCCAUAGCCUACAGGAAGUUCACCUCAGCAAGUGACGUGUGGAGUUACGGAAUCGUCAUGUGGGAGGUGGUCUCAUACGGAGAGCGACCAUACUGGGAGAUGUCCAAUCAGGAUGUGAUCAAAGCAAUAGAUGAGGGUUACCGUCUUCCCGCUCCUAUGGAUUGUCCUGUGGUGCUGCACCAACUCAUGUUGGACUGCUGGGAGAAGAGCCGCAGUGACAGACCAAAGUUUGGACAGAUUGUCACAAUUCUGGACAAACUUAUCAGAAACCCAGCCAGCCUCAGAGAGCUGGCUAAAAGCCUAGUAUGCAGUGAGGACCCGUCCAGCCCAGAGUUCAGCGUGAGUACUGUGGAUGAGUGGCUGGAUGCCAUCAAGAUGGGCCAGUACAAGGAGAAUUUCUCCAGUUCGGGAUACGUCAGCUUGGACUCCAUCCUCUACAUUAGUGUCAGUGAGCUGGUUAAGAUGGGAGUGACUCUGGCUGGCCAUCAGAAGAAGAUUUUGUCCAGCGUGCAGAGCCUGCAGACCCAGGGGACGCACAUCCAAGUAUAACAGUUUUCCCAUGAACACAGUGAGACUGGAUGCUCCUGUGAAGGGUCUCCCCACUGAAAUGGAUUAGCAAUGGAUACUCUGCGCUUUAGCCUCCAUUGAUUUUAAGACACACUUAGAUGGAGACAACAUGGACGCUUGACUCCUUCACCACCUUGUGCUCCCUGUCCUCUGUGGACACUUCUGGCUUCAGCACUCAGAGUCCCAGCAGCACCAUCACCAUACUGGAAAAAACAGAGAGACACGUUUCCAACGGCAACGUCACGCCUUCAGCAUCCAAGAACAUUUCCUGACGUAUCAGCUUAAAAAAAGAAGAAGAAAAAAACGAAAAAUUAAAAAACGAAAAAUAUAAAAAAAAAAACAUUCUAGUGAUCAUCAUUGUUCGUGAUGUGUACAGUUGGCUUUUAUCGCCUUUUUUGUUUGUCUCUGAGAUAUAUCACAAUGAAGGAUUUAAAAAGGGUCAGAUGAUACAGUAUGUAUUUGUGCAGGAGUAUGUUAAUAUGGGCAGCGUGUGCCACAGCCGUAGAAAUGGACCUAACGUUUGUAUUGGUGGUGACGGUUAUACUGCUCAGCUAAACACAGGAAAUAUCACUCUGUGUAUUUACAGCCUCUUCUAUGGCUCUCUGAUCACAGAAAUGAGCCAAAACAGUUGAUGACAUGAAUGUGCUGGGGGUGGGAGGGUAAAGUGAAACUGGACCUGAGGGAUGUAGAUUUCGCUAGGUAAGAUGGCGGUAUGAUUUGUUUCAAAUAGGGUAUUUAGCCAGGACAAGGGCUUCCUAGAGAUUGCUUUCAAACACGCUUCCAUAGCAACUAGACAUAGUGUACGAUAAGUAGUCUGCCUGCACAUGCAAUGUGACUGCAAACAUGCAACAAAAAAGGAUAAGAUGUUUUUCUUCCAUUGUUUUUUCUGUGUUUUACAGUACAGAGUUUUCAGGACGUUCUCAAAGUUUUGCCUUUCUGUAUAUCAGACGUUUUAGGAUGGUUGGGGGUUUGUGGAAGGUCAUGCAGAAGUUGAGGGUUUGCAGGCUUGUGCCAUGUACAGCAACCUUCUUCAUCUGGAUAAUGAACCGCUACCCCAACUGUGAGCUUUCCUUUCAUGAGUCCCUGUCAUUGAAUGGUCAACACUAACAAUGAUUAGAGUGAUCUGUGUUUCCCAAAAAACUCUGCUUGGUCAAAUGGAGCCCAGUAAUGGAGCCCUCUAUCAAGAUAAAGUGUUUUUUUUUUAGAUGUGCCACUACUCUACCAGAAGGUAAAUCUUCCUUAAAGAAAGACGUGUGUGUCAUGUACAGUCUCACUUUUUUGUUGUUCUAACAAAUUUGAAUUCUUCAUAUUUUCAAACAAGAUAAAGUCUCAAAAAUAAGUUUACAGUAAAAAAGAAGCUUUUAUCCACAUUAGAAGGAAACAGCUGCUUCUCACAGCUUUAUGUAAAAGGAUCCUUUCUUUACACACAGUAAUAAUGACCCUGAGCCUGCGUUUGAUGUAUUGUAAAGCUCUUGAUUCAUGUGGUGACCAGUAGGACCAGUGGCAUAAAGUACAGUGUAUACCAUUGUAUCAUAAUGUAAAAUAUGUACAGUGUUGAUUUCCAAUGGUAGAAUGUUUGUAAUGAUAACAAUGAUGUACUUUUAUUGUGAGAAAGAGAUUUCCGAGGUUCUUGUUCAGGGGCAGGAGUUGCAGGAGGAAAGUAAAGAUUUGCUAAUCUGAAUAAAGGAAUGUAGCAUGAUGCAAAGCUUCAGCCUUGAUAGACAGGGGGCCGUGACUGCAGUGUCUAUGAUAGCGUUAGAAUGAGUAGAAUGGACUCUCCUUAUUCAUGCACUUACUAUAUUUCAUAUCCACCCUAAACAGUCAAUAGUUGCAGUUUUCAGCCAGAGUUUAAACACUUGUUCUAAAGACAAAAGGUGAAAAGGUGAAGGGGAAAAUUAAAAAAAGAAAUUAUUCAACCUUGCCACCUUUUUCUCCAUCUAUUAUAUCCACUUCCAGAUUUAGGUCAUGCUUGAGUUGCUGCACCUCAAAUCAAAACUCUUUUUAUUCUGGUCUUUUAGAGUUUAGUCUUCUUUUCUCAGUAAACAUUAUACUUUGUGCACUUAAAAAAAGAUUUUGGAGUCUAAAUCAGUGAAUUUGUAAAACUGGUCCCCCAAAAUGGGUCUAUAAAGAAGUCACAAGGAUAGAGGAUUGAUGGUCACAAGCUGACCAAAGGACUGUGUUUUAAAGAUGGAUCAGAACCAACUGUCUGGACAGAGGUAACAUAAAUAUUUAAGGAUUAAAAUAGGUGGAUAUUUAUUUUAUAGAGAUAGUUUGGGUGUGGUUCUGUCAAUGUAAUCAUAUGUACAUGAGUUCUCAGGCUUGACAAUGUAAGCACCCUCAUAUGGCAAAAACAAGCUUGAAAGAUUAUUGGCAUCCAACUGCUCUUUGCAUAGUUUCCAAAAGCCAACAGUCUCAAAAAAGGAACGCCCCAUGACGGUUUGGAGGGGGGAGGGUAGGAAUGGAGCUGAGGAGGUCUCUCCAUCCUCUAAAAGCAGCAGUGUUAUAGCAUACAAAAUGCAGAAACCAGAGCUGUUGAGCUUUGUUUUGUCUCUGUGGUAUUUUUGACCAAAGCAUGUCACGGAUACUUGAUUAAAACCUCAGGAAAUUUCACCAACUUGAAAGCAUGUUUAUGUCCUUUUGGAAAAAAUGCCGGACUCAAGAUGUAAACCUGACAAUCUCACCUUUAUGAUUAUGUUCCAUCUUCCAUGCGAUGAUGGGUGUUUUGGCCGACGUAGCAGUUAGUGUUUAGGGGUUAACUGCCAGUAGAGGGCAAGAAAAAGUAACAUCUGUACUUGUGUUUUUCUACCCCAGUGUUUUAUAAAAAAAAACUUACCCACUAAAAAUUAAGAAGAAAUUCUCCUUCCCAAACACUUUCACCUCUAUUUCACCUCAUCAGCUGGAAAAACUAAAAACAAGCAAAUGAAAACUUGUGAGAGUGCAAAAGUGUUCAUUCUACUCUUGCUAACUCUAUGAUUUCCUUCUAGCGGACAAUGUUUGACCGCUGACCUUUUAGAUGCCUUAUUUACUCAGCUGUUGUUAUUUUCUGUUGUCAUUUAGCUUUUUUAAUCAACAAUGCUAUUUAUCUCAGCUUAAAGUGGAGCUCACAUCACCACCGUCAUCUCAGCCCUUCACCAUCCUCUUCCUCACAACACUUUAAAUUCUGCAACCAAAAUUAAGUCAUCCUAAAAUACUUUCAAUCCUAUAGAAGACCUGUAAAAUUGAAAGACUUGAAGACCUUGUUUUCAAUUAUAACUGGCUUGAAAAUGGCUUUUGUCAUCAAGGGAAAAACACCCAAUGAAUCAUUAUAAAUGACCAUAAAAUAAAGUUCUGUUGUAAGUUUCCUUAAUUUUACAGAGCUUUUCAACUUUCUUCAGUAAGAGAGAUCAGACAUGCUUUUCUCUUUUUGUCACAAUUGUAUGUCCAACAUUUCCAUUGCCGUUGUGCCAAGGUUACCUGUGUGGGCUGGUUUGCUUGAUAUCAACUAAAGUGUUUGUUUCCAUUUUUCCCCUUAAAAAAUCAGUUAUUUCCACAAAACAAUUUAGAGACUUUUGGCUCACUGUCUCCUUUGUCCCACUCUCUCUUAUUCUUUGGCCACCAUUUGAUGCAUAUUUGUUUCCAUGCCAGUUUCCUCAGCGCUGCUUGUUGUAAAGGGUGUAGGCAUUCUAAUGUCUUUCAUGUUGCUGUAAUAAAUAUGCUAAUAUUUCUAAUUUCUCA